UUAUGAACUUAGAACUUGGAAGCAAAAAUCAGUGAGAUCGGCGAAGCGGAAGAAAUUAGUUGCAGGUCGAGAAAAUGGCGUCAGGUUGGGGAAUCUCUGGAAACAAAGGUCGUUGCUACGAUUUCUGGGUCGACUUCAGCGAGUGUAUGUCUACCUGCAGAGAACCCAAAGACUGUGUUCUCCUCCGUGAAGAUUACUUCGAGUGCCUUCACCAUUCCAAAGAGUUCCGACGAAGAAACCGGAUUUACAAGGAGGAGCAACGCCAACUAAGAGCUGCUUCCAAGAAAGGUAACAGCGAGGGGGAUGGGGUUGUUAGUGAACAUCAUUAACAUUCGUAAUUAUCUGUCGACUUAAGCUUCUGUAUUUUAAUAAAAUGUUUGUAAUUUCGCUUGGAUCGGUAUUCGUACAAGUUGUGUGAGCCUUUUUUUUAUAACUUUGAUGGGGCUUCUUUUCCCUGUGGAAUAAUUUGGAGGUCAACUUGCUAUUGCAAAUUAUAUGUGGAGCUUGCUGAGUGAAUUUGGUUCAUUUCUUUUGCUAA